AUGCGCCAUCUCCAAGAGCAUCAACUCGCCGGUCUCGAUGUCCACAAGCGUCCGAACUCCAACAGCAUGCUCCGGCAGAAGGCCACAUCAGCCCGCCGCUCGACGGACGAGGGCCAGUUCCGGGACCCGGGCACCCCCAUGAGCAAAACGAGCGAUACGCAGAUAGGCCGUCACGGAAUCCCCACUUCUCCCAAGAACGAUGAGCCCCAGAGUGAUCGGGAUGCUGCCCACCGGUCCAUUGGCUUCGCCGCUCUGCUGAACUGCCUCCGGGAGGGUGGCAUCCCGGCCCAGGCGACGGACGGGCGUACCUGUCCUCCCGAAGCGAUGAUGCACAACAAGGCCGCCGUCGUCCCCGCUGUUGUCAUCUCCCCACAGUGUAAGCGGGACGUAUCUAGAUCACUCAAACUCAUCAGCGACUUCGGCCUCUACGCCCUGUCCGUCUCGGUUAAGAGCGGCGGCCACGGCUACUUCAACGGCGGCACCUGCCCCGACAUCAUGCUGGACAUGUCAUCCAUGACGAGGCAGAGGGCCGAGAAUGGCGUCCUCUACGCCGAGCCCGGCGGCAUCCUCGGCCAGACGAUCCACACCCUGGCCCGGUACAAGAAGGUGGUCCCCCACGGCGACUGCUUCGGCGUCGGCGUCGGCGGACACUUCCUCACGGCCGGCUGGGACGUCCUGCUGACGCGCCAGCUCGGCCUCGGCUGCCAGUCCGUCAUCGGCGGCCGCGUCGUCCUCUGGGACGGCACGGUCCUGGACGUCAGCGACAAGUCUCACAGGGACCUGCUGCACGCCAUGCGCGGCGGCGCGGCGGCCGGGGUGGGCGUCGUCACCGAGAUCCACCUGCGGCUGGAGGAGCAGCUGGACCGGGUGGCCUGGCGGUUCGCGUCCAUCACGAGGCAGCAGCUGGAGCAUGUCUGCGUCGCGAACGGCGCCUUCGCAAAGGCCCAGAGCCUGCCGCGGGAGAUCUCCGUCUCGUUCCGCCUCCACGUCGAGUCCGGCGAGACAUCUCCGUCUUGCCUGUUCAACAUUGUCAGCACUCUGUCGAGGGAGGACACCAUCAAACAUCUGUACCGGCACCUGGGACGCGAGGUCUCCUCUCUCGUCUGCGACGUCUCCUCCUGGACCGUGGGGUCCCUGAUGGACCUGCGGCUGCUGUCGGCCUCUGACGAGCUGGCAGCGAACCCCGAGAUGCUGGCCGAGAUGGCGGGCAGAGACCUGCACGCGAACGCCCGCAAGUACUGGAGCCACAGAUGCUGCGUCAGCGAGAUGGAGAGGUCCCACCUCACCUCCAUAUCGCACUGGGUCAGGCCGGACUGUGGGCAGAUGCUGCUGGACCUGUAUGAUGCCUUUGACUCGGCCAUGGGCAGCCCUUGUGCCGAGCGCAAGUUUGCGACCGUCAUCCUCGGGGGCGGGCGCAUGUCGGAGCUGCCCUGCGCGAUGCCGCUGGGCGACGCCAUCGCCCGCUUUGAGCAGCACUGGGACGAGCCCGAGCACGAGGCCCCUUGCAGGCAGUUCACCAGCACGAUUUCGGACAUUAUCCAGACCAAGCAUGAUCCCCGUCCUGCCAGGCCUUACCGAGGAGACAUAUGGGACGCAGAGAAAGCCGAGGAUGAGGUGCUGGCGGACGAGGAUAGCAUUAUUGUUUAA